UGUCUGGAGCUGUUUUGAUAACAGUGAGUCAGGAGCUCGAAAAGAAGCGAGGUCGACCGUGAAUUUAUCAUAUAAUAACAUAUAGAGACUCAGUUCCUCUGUACCACGUUAAACUCCAGAAAUGCCGUCCGACAGACCCUUCAAACAGAGACGAAGCUUUGCUGAUCGUUGCAAGGAAGUCCAACAGAUACGAGAGCAACAUCCCAAUAAAAUUCCGGUUAUCAUUGAGAGGUAUAAGGGGGAAAAGCAGCUUCCUGUGUUGGACAAGACCAAGUUCCUUGUUCCUGACCAUGUUAACAUGAGUGAGCUGGUAAAGAUAAUCAGGCGCAGACUGCAGCUCAACCCCACCCAGGCCUUUUUCCUCCUCGUCAAUCAGCACAGCAUGGUCAGUGUGUCCACUCCCAUUUCUGAGAUCUACGAGCAAGAACGAGAUGAAGAUGGCUUCCUCUACAUGGUGUACGCCUCCCAGGAGACCUUUGGUUGCUAAGCACACUGCUCGACCAUUGAGGGGGGAACAGCAGAGAGGGAGAGAGAUGGCAAGAUGAAGCAAGCUCAACCCAAAUGUAUCCCCUCUUUUCUCUCUCCAUCAUCCUUGCACCUCCCUUAGUCGUAUGAUAUGAAAUAAUACAGUUGAUUCUUCUCCAUGUGCAAGUGCAAACCACAGCACUACUGUUAACUCUUUUCUGACCCCUUGAACAGUUUUAAAAUCGUAGGCUCAGUUGUUCACCUUCAUAAGAGAAGCAUUGGUGUUACAUUGUUUUUACUUUGUAUUUGGCUCCAGUUGUUCGUUAUGGUUUCUUUGACUUUUGCACCCCUGCAUUUUAUUACUUUUAUUAGGGUCGAUGUGUAAAAUAAUUGGUAACACAUGUUGCUGUAAAUAGAUGAGAGUGUGUUUUCUUUGUUUUAGGAGAUUAAUUUGCUGUAAGCUGUUUUUUUUUUCCCCUAUCUGCUUUCUUGUAGUAAUUUCCUAUGACCGGACUCUCGUUGUGAUGGUGUAAGAUUGUAAAAUCUUACUUCAGAAUCAUGUACCAAGUAAGCUCACUUUCACGAGCUAUUGUUUUCAUUUGUGGGCUUCUGUGUUAAACAACUCAUUAACGCAUCGUAGAAUAAGGAUUGAUACAGCCCGACGGUAGCUGUGCUCAUAAGCCACAUUGAUCUGUACUGUACAAAUGUGAGCCAAAAGAACAUUUGAGAUCUUACAGGUGAGGAGUUAGAUGGAUCUUUUGGCAUAGAGUAUUCUGCCAUCCGUGUCACAUGAACUAAUCUUUAUUAGAUACAAAUACAAAUGCUUUUUUUGCACAAGUAAAACAUUUAAGAGGAUAAACACUAUUAGAAGUGAAAUAAUUAUAGCACAUAAUUCUGUUCUCCUUUAGACUGUUUUUCCUGCUCAGUGUCACCUUACGACUUGUAUGCCUUCUGUCAAAUCUCUGAUGAAGGGAUAGUGAUGCACCUUGCAUGUUUUUUUUCUCAACUUUUUUUAUAUUGAUUUAUGCCAUCGAUUUAAGUAUUUCAGCUCUUAUUUAAAGCAGAAAAUUGAAAGACAUUUUAGAUGUUUUAAAACCAAAAAAAAAAAAAAAAAAAAAAAAAAAUGAAA